CCGGCGUGGUCGAGAGACGUCCGGUCUUUCGGCUUUCGGGUAGGAGGAGGCUACGGUGUAACUUUCUUCGGUCGUCCCGAAUCCGGGUUCAUCCGACACCAGCCGCCUCCACCAUGCCGCCCAAGUUCGACCCCAACGAGGUCAAAGUCGUGUAUCUGAGGUGCACCGGUGGCGAAGUCGGCGCUACGUCUGCCCUGGCCCCAAAGAUCGGCCCACUGGGUCUGUCUCCGAAAAAGGUGGGUGAUGAUAUCGCCAAGGCAACUGGUGACUGGAAGGGUCUGAGGAUUACGGUGAAGCUGACAAUUCAGAACAGACAGGCCCAGGUCUUGCUCCAGUGCCGGCCUUGCUUGACCUUCCGUGGCAGUGCUGUUCACCUGAGGUGGGGUGGACUUACAUCAUCAAAAUCUCUUCUGCAGAUUGAGGUGGUGCCUUCUGCCUCUGCCCUGAUCAUCAAAGCCCUCAAGGAGCCACCAAGAGACAGAAAGAAGCAGAAAAACAUUAAACACAGUGGAAAUAUCACUUUUGAUGAGAUUGUCAACAUUGCCCGACAGAUGCGGCAUCGGUCAUUAGCCAGAGAACUUUCUGGAACCAUUAAAGAGAUCCUGGGGACCGCCCAGUCUGUGGGCUGCAAUGUGGAUGGCCGGCACCCUCAUGAUAUCAUAGAUGACAUCAACACUGGUACUGUGGAGUGCCCAGCUAGCUGAGUAAGAAGCCUAAGAAAGAAAAUAUUCAAAUAAAAAGGUGAUCUGACAACCAGUGGU